GCAUAUGAAAUCGAGUGAAGCCUACAAAACGACAGAAAACCCAACAGUCCGCAUUGCACACUAUUCUUUCCCUGUAAUCUACAUCAAAAAUGACGUCCAAUCUAGCAAAUGUCGAGGAAUACUUUCGAGUCAACAUGGAAAAGAAACUGUUCAUUAAAGUUCCAGAGCAAGAAGACCACGACCUCACACCAGCCACAAAGCUAUUGGAAAAACGGCGGGAGAUGCUGGAAGUUGAGAACGGUUUGAAUCAGCAAAAGGAGGAGUUUGCAAUGAAGAUUGAGUCCUUGGCACAGCGGAGAGAGGAGCUUGCUCGGAAAGAAACACAGUUGAAAGAGUCUUUGAUGAAGUUUGACAAGUUUUUAAAGGAGAACGACGCCAAACGAACACGAGCCAUUAAAAAGUCCCAUGAAGAAAGGAAAACCAGAGAGCAAAAGGAAGUGGAAAUUCUAAAUCUGCGAGAAAACAUGGGAAAACUCUCAUCAAAAAAGGACCGUCAGCUCAAAAAUGUGGAUACCAAUCUUGCCUAUCAGCGAUAUCUGGAAUCGGUCCUAGAAAAUGUAGAAGAAUUUGGAGAAGUAAAGGACAUUAUUGGGCGAUUUGAUACCCUCGCAGCGACAAAUGCGGAGCUUCUUGAUCGAGCAAGGGAAGCGCAAGAUCGAACAGAAAAGGAUCGGAUGGCGUUUCUACAUUCUACCGAGGAAAAGAAUACCACAAUACUCAACUACAAUAAUGACAUUGCAAAACUCCAAACAAAGCUAGAAGAAUUACAGUUUCGCAGUGCAAAAUGGCAGUCGGAAUGCGAUCAAACAAUGAACAAUGCAACCCAAAAGUCACUGCUAUUGGGGCAAAUAAAAAUGGCAACAAAUAAUCUCUUCAACCUCGUAAAAUCGCACUUGAACAAUCGACUAAAUACCACAAAUGACACACUAGUUCAGCUGGACAAGAUACAGCAGUUUAUUUUGGAUUUGUCGGCGAUUACAGCAGAUAUGGAGGGGCGACUGCAGGGGCAACCCAUAUAGCUUACCCAUGUGUGUUAAUGGUGGCCCUUAAGCAUAUUUUUGUAAAUAGUGAUGAAAUAGGAUGGGUGCUACUUUUGCGU